GACAGAUCCCCAAAGUCACGGGACACAAACGUGAUGAAAGUCAACGAAAUUGCGGAGUCAACGCUUUUAUCCUCGAGGCUUAUUUGAUCUUCCUGUUCAUUCACACUGCUGUUUACUUCUUACAUAACUCUCUCUCUCUCUCUCUCUCUCUCUCUCUCUCUCUCUCUCUCUCUGAGAAGCGCAAAAAUGGGUUCUCUCUUCCUCAAGAGGCCAACUCUCAGCUCUGCUGUUUGGGUUCUUUCGCUGUUUCUCUCCUCCUCCUGCUUCACUUCUUCAGAAGCUCAUACCGGCAGCGGCAACAUCACCAUCAAAUGGGACCUCAUCAGCUGGACACCCGACGGUUAUGUUGCUGUGGUCUCGAUCUACAACUUCCAGAAAAACCGGCCAAUCCGUCGUCCGGGAUGGAAGCUGAGCUGGACAUGGGCGAAGAAGGAAGUGAUCUGGUCCAUGAUGGGUGCAAGGGCCGUGAACCAGGGAGACUGUUCAAGGUUCAAAGGGAACAUUCCUCAUUCCUGCACCAAAAACCCGACGGUCGUUGACUUACGUCCAGGCACUCCGUUCAACCAACAGAUCGCGAAUUGCUGCAGAGGCGGCGUCUUGGAACCUGGGACGGCGAGCUCGUUCCAGCUGAGCGUCGGCAAUGGGGGAACGACCGAAAAGACGGUUCAGAGACCGACGAGGUUUAUCUUCACGGCGCCUGGACAAAAGUACAUAUGUGGGCAGACGAGGAAUGUUAAGCCGACGAUAUUUGUCUCGCCUGACAAGAGGAGAAUGACUAGAGCUCUGUUAACAUGGAACAUCACUUGCUUGUUCCACAAGGCAACACGGAUGAUGCUGGAGACUUUCUGAGAUUCUUGUCCAAGAAUUUACAAAGACGGGUCUAGCUGUUGUUUUUCGCCUAAAAUAAUGAUUUUUUUUCCUUUCAUUUCCAUAAAAAAAAAUUGAAAUAACAUCAGAAACCUAUCCUUCAGAGUUUCUGUAGUUCUGUAAUGAAACGCAGAGGGCUCGUGUUUGUUUCUUUCAACUCCUGAUUUUGUUUGUACGGUGUGUUUGAUGGGCUCUUAUGGGCCCAAAAUAAAGCCCAUUGGGCCUCUACACAGUUGUGUGCCA